AUGUCCGCCGCCCUCGCCAAGAGAGGCUCGCCUCGAAUAGGCCGCCCGGCUUCCCGCCCGGAUUCCUCCCUCGACGCAAACAAUCCGCUGUUGAAGAAUAGUAAUGUCCAGGACAUCGACAGAAAGGAUCCCAAACCCGCCGCCGAUGCUGCUGAGUCACAACAACCCAUGCCUGGCCCUCGCCGUCCAGGUCAAUCUGAAUCGGAGACUGAUUACUUCUCCACCCUGCACAACACCAGUCACUUCUCCUUGGAACCGAAUCCAUUCGACCAGUCAUUUGGAAACACCUCCGCCGAAACUCCAGGAAAAUCCCUUCUACCGCCUGUUGCCGCCCUCACCUCCCCUUCCUUACCUGGAACCACCACUGCUGGAGGUUUUGGCUGGGCCAACUCCCUCAGAGCCGGACCUCUAAGCCCGGCCAUGCUCACUGGGCCUUCGGGCUCCAAUGAUUUCCUUGAUAGCAUCGGCAGAGGUUUUCCCACCCCAAAUGAGUCCUCUCUCCGCACUGGACUCACCCCCGGUGGUGGAGGCACCAUGUUCCCGGCCCCUAGUCCCGGUGGCACGUCCAUGCUGCAGCUCCAGAGUGGUGGUGCUACACCUUCGACGCUGGAGUUCCACCGCACCGCCCUCAACGCUGCGAGGAAGAACGGUGCCGGUGCGCCCACUUCAAACCCUCAGGACCCUGAGCUUCUUCAGCAGGCAGCGAAUAUGGAGAUCCCCAAGACUGGCCCACCGAUAGAUCCGUUCACCCACCCUGACGCCACGGAUGCUGCCAAUGGUCUCUAUAUGCUCGCCAAGGGAGGGCAGGCUGACAAUGUGCCAUAUCCUCAUCCCGGCUCUCAGCCAGGCUCCGAAGCUCGAGGCGCAUACUCCAGAAAUAAUACGCCCCUCAACGGUGGCAUUGGAAUUGCACGAAACGGUGAUGUCACCGACCCCCAACUCAACGGAGAUGCUUCAGACGGAGCAAUGGAGCAAUCAAAGGCAAAUGGCCGUAACAAAGGAAAGAAGCCUGCCGCCAAGGCGUCGACUGCUGCCAACGGACGCCGCAAGGCCGAAGACACGAAGCAAGGACCGAAUAAGAAGGCCAAGGGCGCCAACGGAGCCGUCGAUAAAACUCAGGAGGAAGACGUCAAACCCUCCCAGGGUGAAGGCAGCACUUCCAACCCUAAGAAGAUGACAGAUGAUGAGAAGCGCAAGAAUUUCCUAGAGCGUAACCGAGUUGCCGCGCUAAAAUGCCGUCAAAGAAAGAAGCAAUGGCUUGCGAAUUUGCAAGCAAAAGUUGAAAUGUAUAGCCAAGAGAACGACACUCUUUCCACAACUGUCACUAGGUUACGCGAAGAGAUUGUCACCCUCAAAUCCCUGCUCUUGGCUCAUAAAGAUUGCCCUGUUACGCAAGCCCAAGGACUCAAUGCCAGUAUCAUGAUGAACGGACUUGCUAAUUCUGGAGGAUGGGCGUUAUAGGUAUGGGAGCCUGGGGUUACUUUUCAUUUUUGCGGGACCGGUGUCUGGUCUUUACGGGCUUCUUCUUUUGCAUUUCCUCCUUCACCUUUGAUGGUUGUGUCUUUUUUUUUUUUUUUUUAUCGCGGUAGUUACUGGGGUUAUGUGAAAAAUUGUUAUGACGCGUUUUCUCUUUUUUCUCUCUUUUUAUUUUUUUCUCCCCUUUUUCCUUUCUACUUUAUUGGGGAGGGCUCUCUGCUGGAUAACGGGACUUUGCUUGCCUUUUUCUUUUCUUUUUUCCUUUUUGUGAAAAUAUUAUUUAUUCCUUAAAAUUCUCAGUGAUUGCUAUG